AUGAUGGGGACUGGAAGUUCUUUUUUACAUUCACCAGAUGAUGAUGACAUUGUUGGUGCUGACUGUGAGACCAACAGCUACGGGGUCAUCAAGAGGAUUCCUAUUGAGAUGAAACCCAAGGGUCGCCUGGGCCUGCGACGACCAAAGGACGAGAGUUUGCGAUCUAUAGAUCUGGACAGUCAAGAAUUAGAGCGCAAAAACAAGGAAUUUGAGAUGUAUCGUCGGAAUAAGGAACAGGAAAUUGCCAACAUGUCGAAGAAGGAACAGAAACUUGUAAACGAGAAUAAGAAAUUUCGUGCAGAAUUGCUAGCCUUACAGAAGACCUGUACGAAAUUGCGAGGUGAACGAGACUUAGCCAUGGAGGCUGAGAGUCAAGCCUUAGCACGUGCUGCAGCUUUUGAGAAUGACCGGGAUAAAAUACAAAGACAAUUUAAGAUUUUCCGUGAGACAAAAGAGAGUGAAAUUCAAAAUUUAUUAAGAGCCAAAAGAGAUUUGGAAAGCAAACUUCCCAAACUGAACCAAGAAUUCAUGUCUGAUUCGUAUGAUGAUAAUGAUUCUCCAGAAUCUGGUUUGGACUCUGUUGGUAGUGCAUACCCUGGAGAUUGGUGGACAGCCCUGGAAAGUGAACCGUCCCUUGGGAGUACAUUUCAGCUCCACCCUACCUUACGAGGGCCAGAAUUGGCCAAUUGUCUCAUGGAGCUGGAAGGGCCAUUUACUAAUGUCAAUAAAGAAGAUUGGAGUUUAGCUCUUGGGAAACUAACACAGAUUGGACCAAGUGUUCCUGAGCAUAUAAUUGCUAAUGUUGUGCGUAUUUUUGUGUCUGUAACCAAUGACACUCAAGGUGAAUUUGAAAUUUUACAAAAGGAAUAUGUGCCAAAGCUUUCAGCUUUAUGCCAAGGUGAAGGAAGAACUCUUAUGAUGGUUAAUAUGCACAUUGAUGAUGAUGUCAGCCUCUCAGCGAUGGUAAGAUUUCUGUUAUCACAUGUUUUCUUUAACCUCUUUGCUACCGUAUGA